AUGCACGUGCUAUUCAUAAAUGAAUACAACUAUUCACACAUCCUUCCGAUCAACGAUUUCUCAGGUGGGAUUCCAAGGUUCAUCGGGAAUCUUACAUCCCUUAAAAUUCUUUCCCUUGGUAAAUGUGGACUCGGUGGAAGGUUUUUUGCCAUAUUCUCUACGGAACUUGUCGAAUACACUAAGUUUUCUAAGCCUUGCUUUAAAUGCUUUUUCUGGUGGCCUUCCUUCAUCGAUUGGAAACUAUUUGAGCUCUCAACGCUAUCCAUUAGCUUGAAUUUGGGUGGUAAUCAAUUAUCGGGAGAACUUCCACAAGAGGUUGGCAACCUUAAGAACUUAAACGAAAUUAUUCUGGAAAAUAAUCGAUUGUCAGGAGAUCUUCCUACCACCAUUAGCAGCUGUAGCAGCCUUGUGAAUCUCGACAUAAGCAAUAACUUCUUUCAGGGAACUCUUAAAUCGUCGUUGAGAUCUUUGCGGGCCAUUCAAACUUUUGACGCCUCGCAAAACAACUUUACAACGAAGAUCCCAACUUACCUUGAAGAAAUUCGCUUCAUCUCCAACUUUCUCUAG